ACCGGUUCGAGGGAGAGAGGGCUUGAGGGAUUGCCACAAAUGGUCAGGCUGCAGCGGUGGCGGAAGAAGAGGCGGCGGUGGCCGCAGCAGCAGCAACAAGAGGCAAAGAGCAGCUGGAUUUUCUGCGCUCUGCCCGGCGGUGGAGAAAGGGUUGGCGGCGCAGUUGAAGAGUGCGCGGCGGCAGCAGCAGCUGCUGAGCUGGCUCCCUCCUGCCUUUCCUUCAUGAGUCUCAAGUUUGCGCUGGCAGGAGAUCUAAAGCGCAGCAGCAGCAGAAGCAGCAGCAGCAGAAGCAGCCCGGCGGGCCGGGAAACGCCGUUGAUCGAGGCAGCGAAGGCGAGAGGCGCCAGCGAAGUAUGGCCGAGAAGUGGAGUCGCCAAGUUUGCAGCGGAGCAAAAGCAGCCUCGCCUUCAGCAGGGGGUAGCCGGGCCCUAGGGCGCUCUCCGUGGCUUCUCCUGCUGUUGGCGGUGCUGCUAGUGUGGACGGAGGCUCCGAUGCUUUCCGCGCGGGGCCAGGCGCCACCUCAGCCGGAGUACAACGGCGAGCGUGGUAUCUCCGUGCCGGACCAUGGCUAUUGCCAGCCCAUCACCAUCCCGCUGUGCACGGAUAUCGCCUACAACCAGACCAUCAUGCCCAACUUGCUGGGUCACACCAACCAGGAGGACGCGGGUCUGGAGGUGCACCAGUUCUACCCGCUGGUCAAAGUGCAGUGCUCGGCGGAGCUCAAGUUCUUCCUGUGCUCCAUGUACGCGCCCGUCUGCACCGUUUUGGAACAGGCGUUGCCUCCCUGCCGCUCCCUCUGCGAGCGGGCGCGCCAGGGUUGCGAAGCGCUCAUGAACAAGUUCGGCUUCCAGUGGCCGGACACGCUGCGCUGCGAAAAAUUCCCCGUGCACGGCGCCGGAGAGCUGUGCGUGGGCCAGAACACCUCCGAGCGCGGUACGCCCACUCCCUCUUUGGGACCCGAGUUUUGGACCAGCAAUCCUCAACUCAGGCCCGGGGGCGGCGGGGGCGGCGGAGGGAGCCAUCUGGCGGACCGGGCGGGCAGGUUCAGCUGCCCCCGGGUGCUCAAAGUACCUUCCUACCUGAAUUACCGCUUCCUGGGCGAGAAAGAUUGCGGAGCUCCCUGUGACCCUGGACGGCCCCAUGGGCUGAUGUAUUUUGGGCAGGAGGAGCUGCGCUUCUCGCGGACCUGGAUUGGCAUCUGGUCUGUGCUGUGCUGCGCCUCCACCCUCUUCACAGUUCUCACCUACCUAGUGGAUAUGAAGCGGUUCAGCUACCCCGAGAGACCCAUAAUCUUCCUCUCGGGGUGCUACACUGCCGUGGCUGUGGCCUACAUUGCAGGGUUUCUGUUGGAAGAGAAAGUGGUGUGUAACGAGCGCUUUUCUGAUGACGGCUCCCGAACUGUAGCCCAAGGCACCAAGCGUGAAGGGUGCACCAUCCUGUUUAUGAUGCUGUAUUUCUUUGGUAUGGCCAGUUCCAUCUGGUGGGUCAUUCUGUCUCUUACCUGGUUCCUGGCUGCAGGCAUGAAGUGGGGCCACGAGGCCAUUGAGGCUAACUCACAGUACUUCCACUUGGCCGCUUGGGCUGUGCCAGCCAUCAAAACCAUCACUAUCCUGGCCUUGGGGCAGGUUGAUGGCGAUGUGCUGAGCGGUGUCUGUUUUGUGGGCAUCAACAAUGUAGAUGCUUUGCGUGGCUUCGUGCUGGCACCUUUGUUUGUGUACUUAUUUAUUGGUACUUCUUUUCUCCUGGCUGGAUUUGUGUCUCUUUUCAGAAUUAGAACUAUUAUGAAGCACGAUGGCACCAAGACAGAGAAACUGGAGAAGCUAAUGGUGAGGAUUGGGAUCUUCAGUGUUCUGUAUACAGUGCCUGCCACUAUAGUGAUUGCCUGUUAUUUUUAUGAGCAAGCAUUUAGGGAACAGUGGGAAAGGAGUUGGUUUGCUCAAAGCUGCAAGAGCUAUGCCAUCCCUUGCCCCAGUAACUACCAUCACCCCCCAAUGAGCCCAGACUUCACGGUCUUCAUGAUCAAAUAUCUCAUGACCCUAAUUGUGGGAAUCACUUCAGGCUUCUGGAUCUGGUCUGGAAAAACACUCAAUUCCUGGAGGAAAUUCUAUACCAGACUUACCAACAGCAAACAAGGAGAAACUACAGUGUGAAGUUCAACAUCAGCUUGUUGUUCACACAUCAACUUUGUUGUUUCUCCACAGCCUGACCAGAGAUUGGAAGAUCAGGAAUAGAGAGAGAGAGAAAUGUACACGCCCUGAAAUCAUCUAGGUCAGAAUUUUUUUCUCCCCAGCCCACAGAAAACCAAUCCUAAGAAAAUUCAUAGAGGCACAUACUAUUCCCCUUGUCUUCAUCUGGAUUAAAUUUGCCCUGAAAGUUGGAAAUGUGAUUUUGAGAUUGUUGUAAAUAGUCUCUGUAAGAUUUUGUAAGUAUGUUUGUAUUUAAGUUGCAAAGCUUUUUCGUACAUAUUUAAAACAUUUUUAAAUUCCUUUUAAAAGACUUUUCUGUUUUAAAACACAAGAAAACAAAUAUUUUAUGUUGGGUGCAGCAUUGAAAAAUUAGAAGUUAAGAAAACUUUUUCUUGUAAAUCCAAGAUUAGAACUUUAAUUGACCCUAAUGUUAGAGCCAUUUACAACCAGGAACCAUUGGUUUCAGGAAACCUGCCUAGUAGCUUGUUGGUAGCACAGUUAAUGGGGUUUGUGUUGCACACCAGUGCAGAAAAAGAGUGGACUAAUCUUUCCUCAGUGUAACCUGAAGAGGAAAGAAAACAAGCCAUUCUACCUGUUGUAGAAACAUUGUGGGAGGAGCUUGCAGAAGAGAACUGUCUCACCUAACUACAUAUUUUGUCCUUGUGGAAGAAAAUGCUCAAGCCAGCAAAAGGGUGCUUUCUAAGCUAUGUUUAAAGUUGUGUCCUAUGAAGGUGCAGAAUAGAAUAUCUGAAGUCAAGUAUUCUUACCAUCUCCCAUAUAUAUUUCAUAGAUUUUAAGGAACUGUAACUUUUCCUCUAACUUUGUAAUAUAUUGAGCUUACAAUUUGCUUUGUAUCUUCUGUAGAAAUAAGUCUCUUGGCUGUUGUUAUUAACACUGCAGUGAGCAAGAAGGCUGCUUUUUUUAAAAUUGUAAUUCGAUACUCCAGUUAUUAGCAUUGUUCUGAACAAUGUUUCCUUGGUAGAUUUUCCCCCCUUAAUGAAUUUGCUGAAAAAAGAACUGCUGAAAAGGCUUUUUCAAAUCAGUUCAGUGUGGUCAAUAAUAAAGGUUUAGGGGAAUAAACAGAGCAAAAACUCUCAGCAAGUUGGAUUCUUUGCAUUUUUGAAAUAUGUUUGACAUUGACAUUUUUAUUUCUGCAAAUCUUUAUAACUGUUGAGUUUCAUUCCUUUGUGUUAAUAGCUGGCCAGAAAGAAGGAUGAUUUAUGCUACCAGAAAGGGGUGGGGGAAAUGUUUGAAACCCGAAAGAAUCAACAGCCUGAUAUUUCAGUGUAGUCAUUUAUAUGUAAAUCUGCAAAAACUGUCUAUGAUUGGUUGAUAGUCUCUCUAUAAAUUGCUACAGCUCAUACUUCUUUAAUAGGUUUAUACAAGAUGUGUCAGUUUUCAGUGGCAAACUCAUUUUCAUAUUUAAUCGUUUCUGUGACACAACAGACUUGUUACUCUAAUGAUGUAUCAUUUCAAACUUUUUAUUUACAUUCCUGCCAAAAAUAUAAUCUGUGACUAAUCAUAUCCUAAAAUGAAUAACUGUGUCAAUUUGAUACACAUUUAUUUGUGUUCACUAUGUCAAAAUCGUUUAUAUUUAUAGAACAAUAGAAGUUUAUAUAUAAAUAUAUA